AUGCGGUCGCCCCGGCGCGACCGCGCGAACGCGCUCGGUCUCGCCGCCGUCCUCGGCGUCGUCGCGAGCGCGAGCGCGACUCGGAGCCUCGAUUGGUGCGCCAACGACGGCCAAGGACUCUCCACGUCGCUGACGACGUCGAACGGAACGUCAACGAACGCGCGGUGGAAGAAUAAUUUCGUCGCCGAGUUGUUGGUCGGGAAAACGCUCAACGUGGCGGUGAUCUGGGAUCCCGGAGUGGUGAAGGAAGGGAAGGAGGAGCCGACGGAUUCGACUCAUCCCGGAUACGCGACGGCGCCGAGCUCAUUGUCAUUUGCGAGGACAGCGACCCGUCGAACACGUGCGAUGAUUGGCUCGGGGGACGCGAUUGGGCGAUAUUCAACGAAGUCGCCGACCGAGGGAACUUUAACGUGCGGUGGACGCUGUUGA